CAGCCAAGUGCAGCUUGAAUCGUGAGGAGCGGACUAUGGGGAGAAAAAAAAAUCCCACUGUUUUCAUGAACAUCACCGUGAUUAACAUGUAAGACCUGGAGGCAAUGGUCUUUGUCCUUCUAAGAUAAUGUAAUUCUUAUUAUAGUUAUGAAUUAAAAAAGAUCCCGAAUCAACAGCGGACUUGUUUGUGGACUGAAGGGGUUUCUCAAUUUGUUUCCGCGUCGGUGUAAAUGUUGGACCGCAUUUAACCCGAGUUUCUACCCUGUGGAGUGAAAAGUGCGCCAGGCUUAUGUCCAACGCUUGAGCGACGGGAUUUUUUUUGGGGAGGCUAUGUGGCUUUUGGAUGGAAUGCACCUUUUCCUAACGGGACGUAACGCACAGAGGGAUAUUAUUUGAAGCGGAUAAGAGCAGCGGAUGGGAUCCUUCCUAAAGGGGGACAGACUUUCGACCAGACACAACUACUCCAGAUAUAUCCAUUACAGCCAUUGCAGCACUGCUCCUCCUUCUGCUCCUGUACAUGGCAAUCUACUCACCUCACAGUGGUGGAAACCAUUAAACUAACUGGUGUGUCUACCUGCUGUGAAGGGGCGCAUAAAGAUGAUAUUUCUACCGUUUUCUUCUUCAUUGCAGUGGUUGUUGGCAUGACCUUUGUGAGACAUAUUAUCCAUGUUGUGAGGAAUAUUUCUUCAAUUUUCUUCACCAAGCUGGGUGAAUCUGAUGGCUGCUACAUUUUCACUGGAUGGUUUUCACUGCCUGGAUUUUAAAAAGGAUUAUUAGAAACCACAGUUCUCAUUCACUUCGGAGUUACCCACUCGCUUAUGCUUGUGUGUGAAUGUGAAGUUAGUGUGACUGUGUGUUUGUGUUUGCAUCUGCAUGGUGUAAGUGAGAGACAGAAAACAAGGAAUUUUCACUCAGAAAGGACAAGAGAGGAUACAACAAACAAGUUAAAAACGAGGAGUAGCAGCAAUGUCCCACUGGAGGCACAAUUCAAGGACUGGAUGUCGACUACUUCAGAGCAGGAGCAGGAUGAUGGGAUAUAUUAAGCUUGAAGCUUCCUUAAAUGCCAGGUGGUGGGUGUCCUCUCUAAUAUGGCUGGGGCUGCUAGUGCUCCAGGUGUGUCUGGCUAGUGUGUCGGCUGAGAAACUUGAUGAGAACGACCCAGUGGUGACCACUGCCAAUGGCAAGCUGCGCGGCGUUAAGAAGGAGCUCAAUAAUGAAAUCCUGGGUCCUGUCGUGCAGUUUCUGGGUGUGCCGUAUGCCACUCCACCCACUAGCGAGCGCCGCUUUCAACCACCCGAGCCACCAGCAUCUUGGCCGGACAUCCGCAAUGCCACACACUUUGCCCCUGUGUGCCCUCAGAGCAUCGUGGAGGGCCGCCUCCCAGAUGUGAUGCUGCCGGUGUGGUUCACCAACAGCAUUGAUGUGGUGUCCACAUAUGUCCAAGACCAGAGCGAGGACUGUCUUUAUCUUAACAUCUACGUCCCUACUGAGGAUGUCAAAAGAAUAUCCAAGGAAUGUGCCAGGAAACCAGGCAAGAAAAUAUGUAGACAAGGAGGUCCCCUUACAAAGAAACACACUGAUGAUUUAGGUGAUAGUGACAACACGGACGACGAAGACAUUAGGGAGAGUGGAAGCCCUAAGCCAGUGAUGGUUUUCAUCCACGGGGGCUCCUACAUGGAAGGAACUGGCAAUAUGUUUGAUGGCAGCAUCCUGGCCAGCUAUGGGAAUGUGAUUGUCAUAACUGUCAACUACCGACUGGGCGUCCUAGCAGGGUUCCUGAGUACAGGUGACCAGGCAGCCAAAGGGAAUUACGGAUUGUUGGACCAGAUCCAGGCUCUGCGUUGGACCAGUGAGAACAUUGCAGCCUUCGGUGGUGACCCCUUACGUAUCACUGUGUUCGGUUCAGGUGCUGGCGCUUCCUGUGUCAACUUGCUCACACUAUCUCACUACUCUGAGGGCAACCGCUGGAGCAACUCCACCAAAGGCCUGUUCCAGAGGGCCAUAGCCCAGAGCGGCACAGCUCUUUCCAGCUGGGCUGUCAGCUUUCAGCCAGCUAAGUAUGCCCGAAUGUUGGCCCGUAAAGUGGGCUGUAACCUGGAGGACACUGUAGAGCUUGUGGUGUGUCUGCAAAGAAAACAUUAUAAGGAGCUGGUGGAUCAAGACAUCCAGCCAGCCCGAUACCACAUUGCCUUUGGACCUGUUAUUGAUGGAGAUGUUAUACCUGAUGAUCCUCAGAUACUCAUGGAGCAAGGUGAGUUCCUCAACUAUGAUAUAAUGCUGGGAGUGAACCAGGGUGAGGGCCUAAAGUUUGUGGAGCUGAUCGUGGACAACGAAAAUGGCGUCCAGGCUAAUGACUUUGACUACGCCGUGUCCAGCUUUGUGGAUGACCUGUACGGUUACCCAGAGGGCAAAGACAUCCUCCGGGAGACCAUCAAGUUCAUGUAUACAGACUGGGCUGAUCGGCACAACCCAGAGACCCGCCGGAAGACACUGCUGGCCCUUUUCACUGAUCACCAGUGGGUAGCACCGGCUGUUGCUACAGCUGACCUGCACUCCAGCUUUGGGUCACCAACAUAUUUUUAUGCCUUCUAUCACCACUGUCAGACAGAACAGGUUCCACCGUGGGCAGAUGCAGCACAUGGAGAUGAGAUCCCGUAUGUGUUUGGCUUACCGAUGACUGGACCAACAGAGCUGUUUCCCUGCAACUUCUCCAAGAAUGAUGUGAUGCUCAGUGCAGUAGUCAUGACCUACUGGACAAACUUUGCCAAAACAGGGGACCCAAACCAGCCUGUCCCCCAGGACACUAAGUUCAUCCACACCAAGCCCAAUCGCUUUGAAGAAGUGGCAUGGACUCGCUACAACCAGAAAGAUCAGCUUUAUCUACACAUUGGCCUAAAGCCCCGAGUCAAAGAGCACUACCGUGCCAACAAGGUUAACUUGUGGUUAGAGCUGGUUCCCCAUCUGCACAGUCUCAAUGAGGUCACCCAGCUAAUCCCCACCACCACCAAGAUCCCUGCCCCAGAGGCUACUAACCGCACCCCAAAAACCAAGGUUCUAGUGACUAGGCGCCCUAACCCGACUCCAUUCCCCACUGAGACCCAGGACAGCCACAACCAGCCACACCUGGUGGACCAGCGUGACUACUCCACUGAGCUCUCAGUAACCAUUGCUGUGGGAGCCUCGUUGCUCUUCCUCAACAUCCUUGCCUUCGCCGCGCUUUACUACAAGAAAGACAAACGCCGGCAUGACGUCCAUAGGCGCUGCAGCCCUCAGCGGAGCGCUGCAAAUGACCUGGCCCACACUCAGGAGGAGGAGAUCAUGUCCCUGCAAAUGAAGCAGCACUCAGACCUGGAUCGGGACUGCAGGGGGGUGGGUGACUCCCUGCACCCACAUGAUGUGGUGCUGAGGACUGCCUGCCCACCAGACUAUACUCUGGCCAUGAGGCGCUCACCGGACGACAUCCCGCUCAUGACGCCAAACACUAUAACCAUGAUCCCCAGCACCAUGGGGGGGCUCACCUCGCUCCACUCUUUCAACACCUUCCCCAGCAGUGGGCAGAAUAACACCUUGCCCCACCCACACUCACACUCCACCACUCGGGUAUAGCCCUGUAGAUGCACCCAUGCAGGUAGGACUCUGUGGGCUGAAGCAAAAGCUAACGCCACUGCUGCAGUAGAGACUUGAGACUGAUAAGCUGACAAACACCGUUAUGUCAGGAGCUGAAAUGCCAACCUGGAGCUUGUCAGAUACUCAUGGAAUUGCACCAGGAUUGUACAACACCCUGUUAAUACCUGAGGGAAUAUAAUCAUAUAGUGCAGAGAUUUCUGGGGGUUUGGACCGGGGGGCAGGGAGCAUAAUUAUGUUUUUUUUUUUAGAAAAAAGACAAGAAGAAAAAAGUAAAAUAAGGAGAUGAAGAAAAACAGCCUCAAAAGCUAAAAUAUGUGAGUUUUUUCUGAUACUGCAGCAAAACAAAGUACAGUAAACUACUUUUUCUUUCUAGCAACAGAUAUGGCCUUUGGGAUCUUUUGAGAAAUGACUGCUUGACAGUAUUAUCUGGAAGCAGAAAGGAGCAUCAGACACCUCGGAGGUGGGAAGAGGGGAGUGUUUUGUAAAAGAGAGAAAACAUAUUGUUCCCCUUUUGGCAUCACACUGCAGAUUACUGUUUAUGGGGAUGCCACACAACCCAAUUUAGGCAUGUGUUAACUUCAUAUAUGGAGGCUAUGUAAGAUAAUGCAAAAACCACUGCUGAAAAUAGCAAAGGAAGGAUGUGAAAAUGUGAAGGACAAAGAAACCCUGUAUGCACAAAAGAACCAUUUUGAGGGGGGAAAAUGACACGUAUACUUUUCAUCAGUUUAUUUUUGAGGAUUGGGAACUAUUUUAUUGUAUAGAAACUCUUUACAUACCUAGAUCUGUAAACUAAGCACCAAGGCUGUUUAAGCCCUCUUCUCUUUGGGGGUUGUCUAUACUCCAAACCUGCCAGCAGGAUUGAACCAGUGGAAGUGGAGGACCCACCUACUGGCUUUUUGGCAGUUCCAAUUUCAACACAGAGCUGGGGACAAAGGAUAAUUGGAUAUUUUAGCACGAUGCGCAUGACAAUUUAUCUGCUUGAUGGCUGCUCUGCUGAUUAUGUCAUUAUAAGAAUAAUUUUUACCCUCUUCCUUGCAUUGGAGCAAUUUCAGAUGGAUUUCCUGAUCGGAAUUUGGGAAAACACACACCCUCGCCGGACCAUGAGAAAUGCAGUUCCAGGUUGUGGAUAUUAUUGGCUCGAGUCGGGGACAAUAAGGAGAGGGGCUGGGGAUAUAGUAAAACUUCCUUGCAUAACAUAAAAUAGCUUGAGUGAAGCUGGGCAUACAAGGACUAGUUUUGUAUUCUGUGUUGGUACUACUUUUUGAUAGUGGUUAAAUCACAUUACACUGUAUCAUUCAAACUCAUUGUACCUUCAGUUGAGAUCAGUGUUCUUUGCUAUUCUACUUAUUGGACCACUUUAACUUAUAGAACUAAUCACCUGCACUGUUUAUUCCAUUGCCAGUUUUUCUUUUCUUUAACUGGGAGGUGGAUUGAGUGACACAGUGGCUGCCCACUGGUGUGAAAAAAUGGAGAGAAACUGGUGGAAAAUGCUCCACUUCCUUUAACCAGCCAGGUUCUGUAGAGCUGUUUAAUCAGGGCACCAUAUGUGACGAAUUUAAGUCAGGCCAAGCACAGACAGAUCAGCCUAGGUGGAAUUCUGCACAUCGGGUGAAUUAGAUGAAAAGCUUGGGUCAGGAUAGGUUAGUUUCCAUGUGGCAAUUUUUCAUUAUCAGUCAAGAUUGAUCAUUUUUGGAAGUGCAUUAUGUUAAAAAGGAAAGAAAAAGAAAGGCCUCCAUAGCAGCUGAGAGACACAGUCAGGCUCUUUACCUCAUUUUAAAGAGCUAUUACUUUUUUGGGGGGCCUCAUUUUUUUCUACUAGAGAUUCUCUGUUGUUCUCUGUUGUUUCAUCAUUUAUACUGAGCUGACAGGUUGGGCUGUUUAGCAAAAUGGUUUCCCCUCACAUCCUCAGCACCUUCAGUUUACUGUUCCCUGCAAGGUUUUCUGCCAUCGCUAGCAUCUUUAGGUCAGUGACGCCGCGACAGCUAACAAUGUUAGCCAUUGGAGUAGGAGUGAGUCAUACAGGAAAGCAGUCUGCAAUCGGAUCCAGUUACUUAAGUCAUUGCAGGGGUAAAGUGGUGAUCUUUAUAACAGACAAAGAAGAGGAAUAUCCUGGAUGACAACCCUAUUGUGUUCAGAUAUAGAAAUCUGUACACUGGCACAGAUAUACUACUUGGUAAGCUAAAACGCUUCUCCCCCUGGUUUCCCUUCACUAACGUGUAUAUGUGUGGAGGCCUGUGUUGUGAGAAUACAUCCUUCCCCUUUUGGCUUGUUCACAGGCACUGUGCAGUCAUUCAAAAUAAUGAGUGUGGACUGCUCUUACCACAUAUAACACUGCAGCAGGCAAGCUGGCUGGAGGGAUACAAUCUGGUCUGUUAUAGGGAGUGUUGCUUUUUGGGAUAAGAUUUAAAUUAAAUAAACUAAUUGCAUCUCUUUGUUCCAGAUUGUUUCUCUGGAUGAAAUAAAUCACCAGGGCUUGAUCUGAGGUUUUAACAAAAUAAGGACUGUAAGGCUAUUUAUUAUCACAAAUCAUUCUCAUGGGCCAAGGUGAAAAAACCCUCUCUUGUUCUCUGUGUUGUUCUCAGCAACAUUAAAAAUGUGUGAAUUUCAGAAUCUUGAGCCAGUGCAUCCUAUAGGUUAGUUGACUUUGUACUGACUAGCUGCUAGCCUUCUAGCUCUACACUCAACUUGCCCAUUUUUGCUAGGCAGCAUGCAUACAAGCAUAUGCAAAUGAAAAUGUGUGUGCAAACACCCUAACACAGCCGUGUGCUAGGAAAUUAGGCCUGGGCUUUUCGAGUGUUGUGGUAUCUACUCAAGAUAUUGUAUAUAGGCUAACACCCUGAUUGCCUGCACUUGGACUCAAGAUUUAUGAGACCCAUAUAAAAAGCACCAUGACCUUGUUUUUGUAACCCAGGUCAAUGGCUGAAAUAUAUUUCACAAGAUAUGGAGGGGAGCCUUGGAAGAAAAUGAAACACUUUUGUUGGCUGGGUGGCUGGGAGUAUUGAUAAAAGCAAAAAUCCCUUCAAUGCAAGGCAAUAUAAUAAGUUUCCAACUGUCAGCGAUGCUGGGAGUAGACUACACAAUAUGAGCCCCAGAAGGCCCAACCCAGAAUCAGAUGUGAAGACUAACAUAACAGGUGCAAUUUUCCUGACCAGCAGUAUUUUCCAUGGUUGCAUGUCUAGUCUUUUUUGUGCACUGGUGUGUUUGGUAUUUUCCUGCCAUGAAUCAGUGCUCUUACACUGAGGUGGGAGGAGAGGCACAGUUGAGGUCCUGUGUACACUAAUUAGGCAGCACAGUGCAAUUUUGGUUCUCGCUUUAACCCAAAAUAGUGAUGACAAUAACACCUGCUCAGGCCACCUUUUAUCACUGUUGCAGGUGUACGGUAUUUGCAUAGACUGCAAAGCAUGAGAUCAGGUAUGCACACCAACUUAAAAUUAACCCUUAAAUCCACAACUGAUCUGCUGGAGUUCACUCUCAAUAAUUUAAUGUGUAUCAUGAAGAUUGUUUUUAAAUAAAAUAAAUAAACUAGUCCUCGGCCAUAGAUAUGAAUAUGGUCAAACAGUGUUAGUGCACGUCAGGACGCACCAUCUGUCCUUACAGGAUGCAGUCAGUGGAGAUCUGCAGUCAGCAGCGAUCUGCAGCCAGAGGCGGGCUGCAGCCAGCAUAUGGGAAUCCAAAUUCACAUUAAAAAAUUACACAUAAUAAGACAUGAAAGCAGCUCAUGGGCCAAGAAAAAUAAGAGACACCCUGCAGAUGUCUCCAUUAAUCCUGUUGUGCAGCAGGUAAAGUCAGUCUGACGUCACUGUGCUGCUGUCAGUAAGUUACAUUUGAUUCAAACGAACAAGUUUCACACAGACACACCUUCAUUACCACUGUGGGGAUGUACGUUGUGUCUGUUUUGGCAUUUUAUGGAGGUUUGAUCAGCUUUGAAAGCAGUUGUAGGUGGAGAUGAAGUGGAUGACACAUCCACUGGCUGUAAGCUCUGGUAGACCACAGUCAGUUUCAGCACAAACGCAGUGAUCACAAUAUGAUUUUAUUGUAUUAUUUUAAAAACUGUGAAUCAUUUAUAAGGUUACAUGAGUAUCUCACACACUGGAUGCAGCGGUGAGUAAAUUACACUAUAUAAUUGCUGCUGGUUAUAAGGAUAAUAAGGAUAAUCACCUUUAUUGGCCAAGUAUGUUACACACAAAGAAUUUGUUUCCGGUACAGAACCGAUAGGACCACAGACUUCUUUCUUCCAUGCACAAACGCUGGUCAGUGAUAUUAGCAGACUGCUGAGUGAAUAUUUAUGUGCAGUACUUCUACAUAAACAGUUUUGUCAAUGCCAAUUUAGGAAUGGAGAACAGGAGAAGACGGUACAGGGAAAGAAACUCAUAAGUCACAGCUCAUAUAUCAUACAUCAUUCAGUCAGGUUUCUGCUCUGCUCGUUAAAGGAGAUGAGAGGAACUGGUUUGAUUGGACAUAACUGAAGCCAGCCCCAACUUCACCUGCUCACGAUGUGUCCCUCCAUGUAAUAACGUACUCCACUCACCCUACUAAAUGUGCUUCGUAAAUCCUGGCUGUGCAUCAAAGUGCGCUGCAUCUGUGGUCACCAAAAUUGCAAAACACCAUUGAACAUGCCCAUGUUUACCUUGUGCCUGGAGUUUAGACAGAAAUUUAACAAUGUGCCCUCUUGCAGGAAAAUGGAGCCCAACAUCUUGGACACCUUUUCAAGCCUCAACCGAAAGACUUUCAUGUUUCUUUUUUUUCACCUAUUUUUAAAAACUUUAUGAUGUGCUCAAAGAUAUUAACCUAUAGACAAGUAAUCCCACACAGCCGUUAACAUGUGUAUGAAGGCCACGAUACUAACCCCUCUCACACUAAGGUGGCAUAUUGGAAACAUUAAAGCUCCAAACACU